AUGCUUGUGUUAUAUAUUUUCUUCAUAAAUCUUUUACCUUGCAAGAAAAAUUUGCAGUUUAUCGUCAAAAGUACAACAAUUCAGUGGUUUACUUUAAAAGCAAACAUUUUCUUCAGAUCAGAAUUUUCAGAUGUAUCGGGUUUAGCAAAAGUCAGACAGGUUGUUACUGGCGCAUGCCGAAAGUGUGGCUACCCAGGACAUCUCCCAUUCCAAUAUUGCUGUUUUUUUUUUUCUUUAUUACGUCGAUCAGUUAAAGUGAGGAAACUGGACAAAGAACACCGGAAGAAAGAAUCGAAGAAGAAGAAGAAGAAUAAGAAUAAGAAGGAGAAGAAGAAGCACAAGAAGAUAAAAAGCCAUCGGAAAAGGAGGUGA